UUGAAGGCAACACAUCCUCCGCUAAGCUAAUGGGCUGCAAAAUCACCUUCAUCUCAAGAGAACGGACAGUGUUGUUAAGCUGCUCAUUUAGGUUUUGCUUCUUGGCCGCAGAAAAAUGCUGCACCCGCAGAGAUCCCUGUCCGAGCUGCCGAAGAUGUCCGCUGCCAGUCAGGUGGAAAGAGCCGUGCUGGUGGAGGAGUUUAACUGGCUGCUGAAAGAAGAAGUUCACGCUGUCCUGAAGCAGCUCCAGGAGAUCCUAAAGGAGGCGUCCAGACGUUUCUCCAUGUCCACACCAGGCCUGGAAAGUCAGCUGAAGCAGGAAAACUUCAUCCUUGGCAGCUCAACCAUGGAUCAGGUGAAAGGGGUGCUGACUCUGCAGGGAGAAGCUCUGACUCAGGCUGACAUAAACCUGAAGGUUGCCAAGAGCGGCCAAGUCCUGCAUUUUCAGUUGAGAGAAGACAAACAGUGGAAACUCCAGCAGAUCCAGGAUGCCAGGAACCAUGUAAACCAAGCUUUGCUGCUUCUAAACAGCCGUGAUGAGACGUACCAGUUCAAGACGGGGGCUGAGGUUAAUAAGCUCAUGGACGCAGUGAUGUUACAGCUGACACGUGCACGAAACCGCCUCACCACUCCUGCAUCCUUGACUCUUCCAGAACUUGCAACCAGUGGUCUGAUGAAAAUGUUCACUCCUCCUAUGCCUGGUAAUGUGAUGGUGAACUUUUACAUAAAUUUAAGCAAACUGUGUCUGACUGUCUACCAGCUACAUGUGCUGCCACCCAACACCACCAAGAACUUCAAGCCAACAGGAAGCUCAGUGUUGCACAAUCCUGGAGCGAUGUUUGAGCUCAACAACAACCGCUUUGAGGUAAGCCAUGUCCACAAAGUGGAGUGUGUGGUGCCAUGGCUCAGUGACACGCUGGUGUUCUUCACCAUCUCCCUGCAGCUAUGUCAGCAGCUCAAAGACAAGAUAUCUGUCUUCUCCAGUUUCUGGAACUACAGGCCGUUCUGAUCCAGUCGAACCUCCAGAAACGGAUCUUAAUCAAACUAACCACUCAAGUGUAAGGGAUAUCCUGGAAAGCUUUUCUUUUUCUAUGUGUUUAUCAUGCAUUUAGUCAGCCUGAACUGUUGCACGAUGAUCUGAGGAAACCAAUCUGACAGCAGAUAUCAAUAUUUACCAUUUGUGUUGUAGUCAGUGAUUUUUCAUUUGUGUGUGCGUGUGUAUGUUGCAGCUUAUGGUAUCAACUUGAACCUCUCAAUAAAUGAAUGUGAUUAUUUGAA